AUGAACCGCAUGGGUGGGUCGGUGUACGCAAACGCCAUGGCGCAGUUUGCGAUCUGCCGUCAGCCGUGGAAUGAGUACAUUAACCUCCUCACCAAGCAGGACUCCACGCCCUACCACGUGGAGCCGCAGGAGAAACCGGCCUACCGAGGUCGUAAGCGUGGACGUGAGGGUUGGCUGUUCGGUCAGCAGGUGCAGCUCCAUUACCAUCGUUUUCCUGACGAGCAAUUACUCACGAACCUCACCCGUUGGCGUACAGGGGAAACAGUAGGCGACAUUGCCCUUCAACAGUUUCGAAACGCCCAGCCGUUUGAUAUUGAGGAUAAGGACCCGCAGGGGAUGCAACGCCCCUCCCCUGAAGUUUACAUGAAACUUAAUUACAAGAAUCCGGCCACCAUUUCUCGCUUCUUAACUCGCACAGGACACAUGUAUCCUGCGGACAUUCUUCCCUUAAACCCGGAGGCCGUCGCAAAGCUUCGUGUGGCAAAGGCGCAGGCCGUAAGAAUAGGCCUUUACCCACGUUUUGGAAAUCCAUUUUGGUUUCGCUCGCAGAAGUUCCGACCAAAGGCGUACCAAGAGAACUACGACCCGACGACGUACUCCACUAAGCACACGAUGGAGCACUUUGCCUACAAUUGGGUGCAGACCGACCGCAUUCGGCGAUACUUCAAGGAGUUGGAGGAGCUGCAGAAGAACGCGUCGAAUGGUGCUCGCGGUGGAAGUGCCACGACGGCGGAACAGAAGCAACAAAAUCAAUUUUACGCCCCGGAGAAUCAGCCUAUCUCUAUGCAUCGCAACAAUAUAUCGUACAUGGCGGAGGUGGAGCGUUCCAUGAAGAACCCAACGGUCCCGGGACUCAUGUCGACAAAGGGCAUGAAAAAGAAGUUUCACAACUUGUACUCCUCCACUUCGACGAAACGCAUGGGCUUUUCCAACCCAACGUUAGGAAUCAAAAAGGUGUGA